CUACUGCCCCUAUAUAUGCGAUCUCGACGGGCGGCGGCGCCGCGAGAAAAGGGGGGGAGGGGGUGAGAUUAGGGCGAGAAACAGCGUCGUCGAUUAAUCUGCUUCCGUGAUCCUCUCCCUGGUCAUUUACGGGCCGAUACCGGAGGAAAAGAUCCUCCUGUGUUGUAUUUGCUGUGAUUGGUCCUGUGGUUCUUCCUCCGGGAGAUCUCCCAAGCGAGAGUCUUGGCAUCAGAUAGCUUCCUGGAUUCCAGCCGUCAGUUGGGGCCCACCCCCCGGGUGGCCCCAUCAAGGAUCGCCGGAGGUGGGGGGCAGUCGCAGUCUUCCUCCGCCUCUGGGAUCUUCUUUCAAGGUGAUGGCCAGAGUCAAACCGCGGUGAACUCUAUGACAGGGAAUGGGCGCUCCGGACUCGGGCCUGUGUCUGGUGACAUGAACCCUGGUGUUCUUAACAGCACCGGAAACUCCUCUGGACCAAGCGUUGGAGCGAGCUCCCUCAUCACUGACGCCAACUCUGCUCUCUCUGGUCCGCAGUUGCGGCGCAGCACCAGCAUCAACAACGAAUCCUAUAUGCACCUCCCAGCCUCGCCCAUGUCAUUCUCGUCGAACAACAUCUCAGGUUCUUCAAUGAUGGAUGGCUCCGUCAUGCAGCAAAGCCUUCAUCAAGAGCAGGCGUGCAACAAGCAAGGGGCGUCGAGUGCCACAUCUGAGGCGAUGGUGCAGGAGCCUCUCAAUUCAACUAAUACUUCAAAGAAAGCCAGGCUUGAUUUGAAGAAGGACGGUAUCAUGCAGCAGCAGGUGAUCCAGCAACUGCUGCUGAGACCCGAUCCGGUGCUGCAGGGGCAUCAGAAUCCUCAACUGCAGGCCAUAUUACAACAGCAGAGAUUAGCACAACUUCAUCAGCAGCACCUAAUGCAAUCUUUACCUCAGAUGCAGCAAUCACCAAUCACCAUUCAGCAGCAACAACAACAGAGGCACCAUAUGCGGCAGCACGUUGUAGAGGCAGUUGCCCCUGUAGAACGCUAUGUUGAUAGUGUGAUAGGUUCUCGUCGGCUCAUGCAGUACUUGUUUCAUCAACGACAUCGCCCAGCUGCUAAUUCUAUACUGUACUGGAGGAAAUUUGUCACAGAGUAUUUUGCCCCACUAGCCAAGAAAAGGUGGUGUUUAUCAUUGUAUGAGAAUAUUGGCAACCAUGCUCUUGGUGUUUUCCCACAGUCUGCUAAGGAUGCGUGGCAGUGUGAACUAUGUGGUUUGAAAUCUGGAAAAGGAUUUGAGGCUACUUUUGAAGUACUUCCUCGGCUUUUCCAAAUUAAAUUUGAUCGUGGGCUUAUUGAUGACAAUCUAUUUCUCGGCAUACCUCGUGAGUGUCAUUUGCCUUCAGGAAUUAUUGUGCUGGAGUAUGAAAAAGUGGUUCAUGAAAGUGUUUAUGAACAUCUACGUGUUGCUCGUGAGGGAAAACUUCGAGUGACAUUCACUCCAGAACUGAAGAUACUAUGUUGGGAUUUCUGUGCUCGGCGUCAUGAAGAAUUUCUUCCUCGAAGAGUGCUAGCAACUCAGGUUAAUCAACUGUUGCAAGUUGCUCAGAAAUAUCAAACUACUGUGAAUGAAAAUGGAUCUGCUGGAGUCUUCCAUCAAGAUCUGCAAGCAAGCUGCAACAUGUUCAUAGCAGCAGGUUGUCAACUUGCAAAAAGUAUGGAACCACAGUCAUUAAAUGAAUUAGGGUUCUCCAAAAGAUACGUACGGUACUUACAGAUAUCUGAGGUGGUAAAUAGCAUGAAAGACUUAAUUGAUUUUAGCCAGGAGCAUAGGAUUGGACCAAUCGAUAGCUUGAAGAACUACACAAGUCAGGCUACAGCAAAGCUCCAAAGACAAACUUUGCAGGAUUCAGGGCAACUGAUGGUGGGUGCUCACAGUCUGCCAUCUGACCAGAGCAUGCUGAAUAAAGUCAUGGGCAUCCAGUCAGGCUUAAACAAUCAUAUGAACAAUAACUUGGUAGCUAGACGUGUUCUUAACAGCAACCAACCGAGUGUUAUGGCACUGAACAAUUACCAUAACCUACUGAGAAGUUCUCCCAAUUCGAAUCAGAGUAUGCUACCACAGGAACAAUUGGGCCUUAUUGGUGGUCCCAAACAGGUACAGCCUAUGCAAUUUCAAGGUUCUGCUUCAUCCAUUCAGACAAACGCCUCUGUUAACAUUUCUGCACAGCAGCAAACUCCAUUAGAUCGUCGCUUGCCCUUGCAGAAUAAUCUGCAUCCCUCCCAGGUGAACCAACACUUGCAGCAACAUGUAAUUCAACAAAUGCUGCAACAAGUGAUAAAUAACAAUAGGGGUGGACUGCAACAGUCUGUCGGUGCUCCCAAUGCCAAUGGUUUGGUAGCUCCAGAGGUACCUGGAGGUGGCAUUACCGGCGUUCCAGUCAGAAUGAACCCUGGGUCUGUUGGAAAAGGUACCGAGUUUCUCAAUAUGCACGGUGACAUGCCUAAUAAUUCCAUGGGAAUGGUGCCAAGCAGAAGCAACAGUUUUAAGUCUGUUUCCAGCCACCCUAGCAUCAGCGGCAACAAUCUUAAUUCUAGAGCGGAUUCGACACACAACAUGGAUGUGCCAGAACUCGGACACAUUCCUAAAGACUUUGAGAACGGAAUGUUCAGUGGUGAUCCCAGUGACAUGGGAUAUGGUUGGAAGGUUUAGUUAAUAUGUUGUUUUUCGACCAAUGUAUAGUUGCGAUUUGUGAUUUUCACUCUUUGGUGCAUGUUGUUAAGCUUAUGACAAGGAAGUUUCUCGAGUAGGCAAUUUUCGAGUUUGGCCAUUUGGACUUCCAUCUCAUUACCAUCCUAAAUGUGCAUUCCGUGUUUAUGCUA